AUGGCUCAGGGUGGACAAGACUCCGCCGGGAGGCGAGCAAAGGAUUCGCAUCGAUCUAAGCACAAAUCCAAGCACGAUGCAACGGAUAGUAGAAGGCGUCACCAGGCGGCACGCCGCCGGCCCGAGGAGCCAGAACGUACUACCGAGGGCAAUUACCGUGAUCGCGCAUUCGAACGCAGCCAGCUGAAAGACGAAUAUUACAAGAAGAUCGUCGAGGAGCAUGCACUGUUGAAGGCCCAGACUGAGGAGGAAUCGCGGUACAUGGGCGGCGAUGAGGAGCACACGCACCUGGUAAAGGGCCUGGACUACGUGUUACUGGAGAAGGUACGCAAGAGCCUAGCUCCUAAGGUCGCAGCCGAACGGGCUGCCGAGGCUGCCGCCGCGGCUGCGGGUGAGGAAAUCGGCCACUCCGACCUGGGCCGAUACAUCUAUCGCACGUUCAUCUACCACACGCACAUGCACCACCGGCAGUUCCAUCAAAGGCUGUCGAAGACGUACAGCUUGGUGUGCCAGGGUUACAAGUUCAAGAGGAAGGACGCCGACACGCAGACCUUUUAUACGUUGGACCUGAGCAUGGAGCCAUCCGCUAACGACGUGCCCUCAACCGUGGUUUCAAAAGGGGAUCCUGAAAAAGCACCAGAGAUCGCCGAGGCCCUGCAAUGGCACCAGGAGAAUCGCAAAAAACCCAAGGAGGAGCGACUGCACGCUAGACCACUAAAACCUGCUCAUGGUGGAUCCGGGGACGACUCCGAUGAUAUCUUCGCCGACGCCGGCGAAUACCGCAGCAACGAGUUGAACACCGACGAAGUCACCCGACUGAAGCCAGACGAGAAAUACUUCGCCGACGAAUCAGACGACGAAGGCGCCAACGAGACAUACCAGGGCCCCUCGCGGCUACAAGUGCUGGGCCGUCGCAAACGCACCGCUGCGGUGGCGGACGGCUACGACGAGUGCUACCCGUGCGCUGCUGACGUAGACAGCGACGACGAAACGGGAGGCAAGGGCAAGAAGUCUCGGGGAAACCGUGCCGAAUGGCGCAAGAUCGAGAAGAUCAUCGCCGACAAGGCCGCCAUACCCAUGGAGCAGCUGGAGAAGAUAUCGGCGGCACAGAAACAGAAGUGA